UGUGAACAUUUGGUCAGCAGUUUCCUUUAACUGUCCCAUAAGGAACGUUCUUCGUUCGUUAUUUUUUAUAAUAGGAAAUAAAUUAGUGCAUCUGUUGAACAGAAUUUGUGAUAAAGUGUAAUUGUGUUUUGUUUUUAUUCGUAUUGUUGUGACGCUGUUUCAUUGGAUUGAUUGGUUUUUAUUGAGAGAUACAUAAAGGCAGACUUACACCGAAUUUUUUAAAAAAAGACUGAUAGAAGUACAAUUUAUUUUAAGAAUAUAAAGAUAGAUGAUGUUUAAAUACUUGUUAUUAUGCUCCCUUUUAGUCCAUAUUAUAUGGGCUAAACCAGUACAUCAGCAUCAUGGCGAAUUGGGUCCACACGUACUCAUCGUUACACCGCAAGCUCAAUUGCGCUUAGAGUCGUUAGUACCGGGUACACCGAUCAUACAGCAUCUCUCACCCUUUACCCGUUUUGUAGCACCACACGAGGAGACUAUUGUCUAUGUGCCGGCAAGUGCUGCAGCCGCUAUACAAAAUGCUGAAAUUGUGUCACGUUCUUUAGAGGGCAAUAAGGGUAAACAGCUUAAUCCACAAGUUUUUACCAAUGCUCUAGCCACCAUAGCCAGUAAUAGUGCUCAGUCGCUACAAAGUGCUGCUGAAUCGGCUGCAACGGCCGCCAAUAAUUAUAUCACCAGUUCUUCGACAUAUGUGCCUAAUUUAGGCAAUCCGGCCAGCAGUUUCCAAACGGCCGCAGAAUCCCUAUAUCAGGGAGCUCAGAGUACUAUUAAUAGUUAUGUACAAUCGCAACAGCAGUCUCAACAACCACAAGCGCAAACCACACAACUGUUGUCUGCUGAGACCCCUUUGGCAGCAGCAGAAAUUUCUCUGCCUCCUAUUAUAUCCGAACAAAAGUUACCCAUUAUAUCGACUGCCGUUUCACUGCCUCCCCUAAUAUCUUCGGAACAAAAAUUGCCUUUAAUUUCGAUAGGCUCGAAAAUACCUUCAUUAUCCUCAUUAUUAUCACCAGCUUUGCCGGCAAUUUCGAUUUACACCAAUGAACCCAGACAUCAUUAUUUCGUGGCACCAGCUGCUCCUCAUGUAGUCGAUUAUGUACCCAGUUCCAUACUUUUAUCGCCGGCCACAGCAACCACCAUUAAAGCACGUCGUAGUGUUAUAGCUGACGAUAAGGAAGCCAACAAACCAAUAUUGCCUUUAAUUUUACCAGAACCCACUAAUAAACCCCUGGCCUUGCCUUUGAAUAAUGAACUUGAAAAGGAAGAAUUGUUGUUGAAAGAAAAGAAGGAGGAGUUUAAGCGUUUCUUAGAGGCAAAUGCCUUAAAGGAGGAGCUUAAAGAGGGACAAUUGGAACAGAAGCCUAUAGAAGAUAUAAAGCUGGCAGAAAAUGAAAAGAUACAAAACGUCAAUUUGGAAAAUAAUCCCUUGGAAUUGAAAUUAUCCCCUUCGGCACCAGCUGAGAAAGAAGAUGAUACUCCACAAACUAAGGAGGCUUAAAGAAAAGGAUAACAUUUAAAUCACUAAAUAGACUGACUGCAUGGAAUACAUCACAUCACAAGUAAAUUUUAACACACACAAUGAUCAUA